AUGGAGCCUUGCACCCAUUACGACAGAGGCUGUGACCUAUUAGCGCCUUGCUGUAAUGAAUUUUACCCCUGUAGAUUCUGCCACGACAAAGUGAAAUACGAAGAGGAAAAAGACAUAAAAAAAUCCCACAAGCUUGUAAGAAAUGAGGUCCAAAGUGUAAGAUGUAGGUCAUGCCAAAAUGUACAAACUGCUAUACAGAACUGUGAAAGCUGCGGAGCUUGUUUAGGGGCUUAUUUCUGCUCAACAUGCAAGCUCUACGACAAUAACUUAGAAAAACACAUAUAUCACUGCGAAAAAUGCGGAAUCUGCAGGAUAGGCCCACAAGAGUCUUUCUGGCACUGUGACAACUGUGAAGCUUGUUUAGCAAUCGCCACAAGAGAAAGCCAUAGGUGCAGACAAGGCGUCCUAAAGGCAAAUUGUGCUAUUUGCCAAGAAGACAUGUUUACAAGCAGGACUCCAGCCACUGAGCUUAGGUGUGGCCAUUGGAUUCAUAAUAAAUGUAUGAAAGAAAUGUAUAAGCAUGGCCAUUUCGCAUGUCCUAUCUGCAAUAAAUCAACACAGGAUCUAACUGAGUAUUAUCAAGAAAUUGAUAAACAAAUAGAAGCGACUCCUAUGCCGGAAGAAUACAAAAAUAUUGAGUGCAAUAUAUUGUGUAAUGACUGUCUUGAGAAAUCUACUAUUCUUUUCCAUUUUUAUGGGCUGAAAUGUAAGGAAUGCGGAUCAUAUAAUACGUCAAGGAUUUAG